CUCUCUUUCUCUUUUAUGUAUAUAUAUAUAUAAACAUAUAUUUGUAUAUAUUCUUUUUCUUCUUUACUUGACUGAAUAUAGAUUCUAUUUCAAAUUUUAUUAUUAUGUCUAUUGCUCCUACAAGUGACUAUACAAUUCCUACAAAGGAUACUAUGAAUCAAGGGGUUCUUCUUGAAAAGAAAGAUGAUCUUAGAUUAGUUGAGAUUCCUAUUCCAGAGCCUGAAGCAGGCCAUGUUCAAGUACAGGUAAAAUGCACAGGUAUUUGUGGUUCAGAUGUUCAUUUAUGGAAAUAUGGUGAAAUUGGUAUUUUCCCUGUAAGUCGUCCUCAAUUGUUGGGACAUGAAAGUGCUGGUGUCGUUACUGCCUUGGGAGAAGGUGUUACGACACUUCAAGUAGGUGAUCGUGUUGCUAUUGAAGCUGGUAUCCCUUGCUCUCAAUGUACUCAAUGUAUGAAUGGUAGAUACCAUCUUUGUCCAGAUGUUAUCUUCAAGUCUACUCCUCCUUAUGAUGGUCAAUUAGCAAGAUAUAUCACUCAUCCUGCUCGUUGGUUACAUAAGAUUCCUGAAUCUAUCAGUUAUGGUGAAGGUGCUCUUUUAGAACCUUUAUCUGUCGCUAUAGCUGCCUUGGAUCGUGUAGGUGUCAAAUUUGGGAAAUCAUUACUCAUCACCGGUAGUGGCCCGAUUGGUCUUUUAGUAUUAGCAGUGGCAAAGGCGACAGGUGUUUAUCCAAUUGCAAUCACCGAUGUUCAACAACAUCGUUUGGAUUAUGCUAAAAAGAUGGGAGCUACUUUUACUUAUAAAGUAAAUCCUACAAAGCCGGAGUUGGAAACUGUCAAGGAAGUACGUGCCUUAUUUUCCCCAGCAGGCGAAGAAGAAGGUGCUGAAUAUAGUUUGGAAUGUACAGGUGUUGAAAGUUCCUUCAGAACAGCUAUCAUGGCCACACGUGAUGCGGGUACCUGUUGUUUAGUAGGUGUUGGUAAAAACGAUCAAACAAUUCCUGUUAAUAAUUUUGCAAUGCGUGAAGUUGAUAUUAGAGGAUUAUUCAGGUACUAACUAACUACAUGAUAGAAUAGAUAAUAAGACUUACUCUAUCUAUUUCUUCAUCAGAUAUCAUCAUACAUAUCCUCGAGCUAUUGCUUUGUUAGCAAGUGGUAUUUUAGAUAUUAAACAUUUAAUUACUGACACUUUUGAUUUCAACAAUGCUCUUCAAGCUUUUGAAAAGGCUGCAGAUAGCAACUCGGGUGCUCUUAAAGUACAAAUUACUAAUUAAAAAAAAAAAAAAAAAAAAAAA